UAAAGUGUUUGGUAAAAACAGGUGGCAUCUGAGUAUUUAUAUCUAUGCGCGAGACCAUCAGAAAUUUUGACUGAAAAACUUUAUUGAUGAGCAGAAAGAAGAAACCUGAAGCAUCUGCCACAGCUGGAAUGAGACCUCAGGAAUCCAUGCCAGAUAAGAGGCUAAAGUGCUUCAGGGACAUAAAGGAUAUUGUCCUUGGCCUCAAUGAUGAGGAAUGGACGGCUUUGACCAAGGACCUACCAAAUAAGUACACAAGACUGGACUUUGCAGUUCUGUGCACAAAGAUUGUAAGAGAUGUGUCAACUUCUGCAGUCCAGGGCAUCCUGCCAACGCUCAUCGACACGGUUGGAAAAGAAAAGUUUCGCCUCGCAGCAGCAAAGUUUAAACAAAGAGCUGAAGGGAGAGUCACCACAGCCGCAAGAUCUGAAGAAGACCCACUUGACUUAAUAUGCAACAUCAUUGAAGGAGUUGUCAUAGAAAUUAAAAAUGCGAUGAAGAACGCUAUCUUGAAGGUCGCCUCAGAUUGGAUGCAACCAUCCCAGAGUGGUCUCCAUUCUCCAUCACUGGGCCAGCUCUCACACCGGUUGGAUAAGACUGACAGUCAUUCACGAAUGAUGGCUGAUGUUGAUUCUUACACUGAGGAGGUGACACCUGAUCACUUCCACCAAAUAUGCACCAAUUCAGUGUGUGAUGUUCUCCAAAAAUGGAUGGACUCAUCCUCUAUGUCAGCCACUUCAAGCAUGCCACAGAGCAGUGUGUUAACUCCUGACAUCGCAUGCUCCUCUGCUGUGCCAGAGACAAGCACCGAUCUUGUUGUGGAAAUCUCCAUCAGUGAGGAUGGCACCAUUACUGAGAAACCUUUUUCAGGUGUUGAAACUGACAAACCUGCCGAAGUUCACGUAGACACUGUCAGAAACCAGCUGAAAAAUCUGAUGUCUGACGAGGCCAUCCAGCGGCAUGCUAAAGAAAUAACAGCUUUGACCUCAAAAAUUUUUAGAAAUAUGAUCGGACCAAAUCUUGGGAGGAGUUUCUCAGAUUCUGCUUUAGAGAUGGUGUUUGCACACACCAGUCUGUUAAGAGAGCCUUCUCUUUCCCCACUAGUCAACAUCUUUUUAGAUGAGUCAAUGCAGCAUUUACUCCAACAUCUGUUGAGUGUUAAACCAACACUUACAGAUAUGGCUCUUCAGUCAACUUCCUGUGACAAAGACAAACUAAGUGGCUUUCAGGCACUAAGCAAUUUCUCCAAAACUCUUCGAAAUUUUGUGGUGAAAUGCUUCCAUACAAAAUCUUCAAGAUCUGGCAAAAGGGAGAAUGUUGAGCCUGAGCAAAUGGACAGUAAUACCAUUCGUCACAUCCUCACAUCAGCCAAACCCUCAAGCAGGAUACCAAGUGUUCUGAGUAGUGAGACACUGGACGAUCCUGGAACUUCUAAUCAGAAGAGACAGUCCCAUGAUUUGAACUUUAGCUCCUUAGAUGAAGUUUCAGCUCCAGCUGGUGUGAAGAGGAGAACUGGGUUCCAUUUCAUUGUUGGGAAAAAAACUCCGCUGAUCAGAGUUCAGACAAAGAAACAGAGGAAAGUGUGUCCUAUUUACAAGAUGACUGACCACAACCAACCGACAUCAUCCGGAAGUCUUCAUGGGGAUUCAUGCAGUGAACCAAAGGCUUCAGAGUCUUCAUCUUUCCAAAGUCUACACAGGAUGUUCUCAGCCAUCUGCACAACCCUGCGUUUAAAAAAGACAAACCGCAAAAAAUAAAUGUAAAAAAUGUAAAUUCAAUUUAACAUGAAAUAAAAUAAAAAUGUAAACACCUAACAUACCCAAACAAUGAGAACAUGAACUAUUGUGUUUUGCCUCAAUUCUUUUAUCAAGUAAAAGAAUACACUUGCGGAGCCGGGUGAAAAUAAAUAGUUGGGUAAAAACAUCAUUAUAGUUUGUCUUCUUUCAUUUUGUCCAUGAAAAUACUAAAAGGUCAUCUGGUAUGGUGUUUGUUGGAAUAUUGUAGGAUAUGUGAUAUUCUACACAUUUACAAAUGUUUUGCUUGUGAUACAAAUUACUUUGCAUUUAAUUGUGGAAUGUUCUGUGACUUCUGAGUUUGUAUGUAUAUUUGUGCAUUUUACACUUGUGUGUGUUUUACACUUUGACUUGUUAAAGAUUUCCAAAAUAUUUUACAUUAAAAAAACC